AUGUUUCGCCUCGCACCUUUUCUCAUUGGCGCAGCCUCUGCUGUCUACCUUCGCAGCAAUGUGUCGCAGGCCAGCGUCCAUGCGGUCUCCAGCCUGUCCUUCUACCAGGAAGAGCCGCAAUGCCAAUGUGUAGCCAACAAUCCAAGCUGGAAGAAGACGGCACGCACUGAGCCAAAGUGCAUCUUCAUCGAUCUCGGAGCCGCAGAUGGCAACACCUUCGCGAAGUUCCUUGAGAACGACUAUGGUCCAUUGAAGGACUGCCCAUCGGGCAAGUGGGAGGCAUUUCUGUUGGAGGCGAACCCGCAGUUUACGAAGGAGCUCUCCUCGUUGGCGGAGAAUUUCCCUGGCCAGGUUCACUCUCUUGCGGAGCAUGCCGCCUUCUCUUGUGAGGGCACGACCAGCUUCUUCAUCGACAAAGAUGCCACUCACAACCACUGGGGGUCCAGCAUGAUGUCGGAUGCCCCGGAUGCCGUUAAGAGUGGCGAGGUCAAGGUUACCGUCCCAAUGUCCAAUGUCGUGCAGCUGAUCGCCGAGAACGUGCGGCCGGAUGACUGGGUCAUGCUCAAGGUCGAUAUUGAGGGAGCCGAGUACAACCUCAUCCCCUGCUUAGCGCAGUUCAGUGAUGUAGGCAUGGUGGACCGGAUGUACUUGGAAGAGCACUGGUGGUUUCCAUCCAUCACAGAAACUGCCAAAUCGGCUCUGGCGGAAGCGAAGAAGCAGCUUGUGGGCAAGCACGUGGACAUCCCGAACUACUACUCCGACAUGGACGCUUUCUACAGCCGCCUGGUGAAGGAAGAGCUUCGGUACUUCGAGGACCAGGGUGGAAUUGACCACAUAUUCCUGUGGUCCUCGGAGACCUACGAUUUCCCCUCGUGGCAGGACUACAUCCCGGACUCGCUCUUCCUGUCCGUGGAAGCUAGGCCAAUUGAGUGCACGGACUUCGACUUCUUUUCAGAAGAGACGGCCGAUAAUUUUGGUGCUCACUGCAAGCACUGCUACUGGUGCUUCACACCUUGGAAAGAUUAUGUCAUCCCGGGCUUCGUGGAGAAGUGGAGCAUCGACAAGCUGCAAGCUGUAGAAAAGCCCCAUGCACAUCGGUCCUACACGGCGUGCUACCACGGUGCCGACUCUGAUGCCUUGGCUAUCUACAAGUAUGCGAACACCACAGUGCGGAACGAUCUCCAAACACUCCGUGGUCGGCCGGGCUUCAGCAUCGGCUACAGGUUUAAUCGGAUUAUCGAAUACUUCGAUCGUAUCGGCGAUUGCCACUUCUGCUUUGCGCCGAAAGGCUUGGGCUUUUGGAGCAAUCGGCUGUACGAGGUCAUGUUUGCGGGUUGCAUCCCCGACAAACUAUACAACACGCCCCGUAUCUUCAAGGCUCCCGUCCCCGAGGUCAUCCUUUCCGACGAUAUCGGCCUGCCUUUCGAUGACUUCCUUGACUGGUCGUCGUUUUCGUUGAAGUGGCCCAUGGAUGAGGUAGGCCCGGCGCUGGCCGAGCACUUGGAACGCCUUCUGGAGUCGAAUCGUUCGGUGGUGGCCGACAUGCACCAAGCGGUGCUGCGCCACAGGUGCUGGUUCGACUACAACUCGGAGGAUCCCAACUGUUCUCCGUACCUGGGCAUUCUUCGCUACCUUCAGAAGAGGAAGCAAGCCAUGCCCCGCUCACAAGGAAGGACCUGGGACAUCGUCACGCCUCCGAUACGCGGGACUCCACGGGCAGCUGCCGAGCUGGCCGAGCCGCAGCGAUGUCUUGCACGCAGCACCCCGUCCGAGGUGCUCCACAUACCAGAAGCGAUCUUGUUCGAAGAGGCUGCAGUAGCUGCAACUUGUACAGAAUACUCUACCUAUAACACGGAGUUGCUUGCGUGGCCGGUGUUGCUUUCAGACUUGCUUGUCUGCCCAGCUUCGGGCCGUGUCUUGGUUGAAGAGCGUGGACAAUCCAGCGAGGGAUUCUUCGAGGUUUCCGAGGCUGCAAGCUUCUCGUUCUGCAUGCCGAAGCGCCGAAAGCGGCAGGAAGAAGAUCGGUCUCGCAAGCGCGCGCUCUAUGUGCCCGAGCCCUUCGACUUGUUGGAUGCCGCUGACCUGCCUUCGGUGCUUCCACGGUGUGAAACAAAGGAGGAGUCUGAGGAGGCCACAGAGACAGCUCCGCAGGCCACGCCCGAGGAGCUCGAGGCGACCGAGACGAAAGAGCUCGAGGCGAAGGACCUGGAGCAAGCAGAUGAAGAGGCGACUCUGAAUGGGAUCGGAGAGCUGGCCAUCUUGCGGCGAUUUCUGCGCCUCUGGCAAGCCUCUGAAGCCUGGAACCGGCGGCUGGUUCGGGAGCUUCUCAGCUGGAGUAUCGGGCAACCAGCUACGCAGCUUCCCGUGCAUGAGGAGGAUGCCAGUACUAGCCGUGGCACGCCUGCCUGGGCUCGACCAUCAGGGGCUCUCUACCGUGCAGCAGCUGCAACAUCUUCGUCGUCACACAUCCUCUCCAAAAGGACAAAGAAGAAACAAAAUGCGCGCGCAGAUAAACCGGCGGGUGAGCUGUCAUCCGAGGAGGUUUCUUCCGAUUCUGAGGAGCCACGUGUGUAUCGGCCGGGCGACUGGCCGGAUGAGGUGCGACACUUGGAGAUUUUAGAAGCAAGCUGGCCCAAAUAUCUGUGUUUUCGAAGGGCCAGAAAGCUUUUUGAACGGCCCCCGCCAAACUGGCAGAGUGUGGCCAGCCUUGAUGGUGUAGAGCGAGAGCUUAGCCUACGCUCUCUGUUUGCGCAGGCCGGACACAGUUUCGACAAGUCGGAGUGGCAUUGCCUCAUUUGCCGCCUCCUCCUUUGUCUGCAUAACAAUGCCGAGCUCUUCUUGCAAGUGCAGCUGCCCUUUGUGCUACGACAGUACAUGGGCCUACCACCAGCUGUCGAUUUGUGGCAGGAAACCACCCGGUUUCUGCGACUGAGCUCCAGGUCCAAGGAAUCCGAGGAGGAUGCGCCCGAGAUGAAGUCGUGGGUUGAAGCGCUGCAGAAGUCCUCGGUCGCCUUGACAAAUGCAGCACCCAGGAUUUGGCAGUGCAUCUUCGAAUCUUCGAAUGGCUCACCGUCAAGGCGAGCAACUCUUGAGAAAGAAGUGAACCAUGCCUUAGCGGUUUCUGACAGCCUUGACCACUUCGACUCUGUUUUCACUGGCCUCCUCUAUGCCUAUGCGGAAAGGUUAGGCCACCAGAUUCCAAAGCGCGAAGACUUGCUCGCCCCUCUGGCUCCCAAAGAGCGCCGUCUGAUCUGCAGGAUACUGGGGAUCUCUUUCCGAAGUGCUUCCCAGGGUGACAUUCCCCUGCUCCGCUUAUUGCAGAAGAGGCUACAAGCCCCAGUGCAGAGUGCCGACGACUGUGAGCGUUUACGGCGCGACGAAGUCCCAGGAGUCGCAACUCUCCGCAUGCUACUGCAGGAGUAUAUCCAUUGGGAGAGCUUUAAACCCACCCAACCUGACAUGACGGACGAGGACUUUAUCCGGUGGCUCUGUCCCAGGAUCACCUAUCGUGCAGGUCGCUAUCAGGAUAUUUGCCGCAAGCUCCUUCAAGAGGGUCGGGAGCUAUCCGACGAGAAGUCUCGAAAAGUCUUCGAGUCGAGGGAGCUGAUGGCCUUGAAGGAGUAUCUUCUGCGUAUGGAGCUCCCAACCGAGUUCAACGUUGCAGAGUAUGUGUAUGCGGAUGGUGAGCAGGAGCUGGAGCACCGGAUCGUGCUUCCAACUGCCUCAUGCUGCAUUUCCGUACGGAUGCGCGUGAUGAACCUCAGCUCUCGCUGUUUCCUCACUCUCAGUGGCAAGAUGAGCAGGAACAGUUCUUGUCUGGCGCAGUUUGCGCUCGGCCGCGUUCUGCGCUCGGCGCGACACUUGGAUGCAGACGGUCUGCGCGCGGCCGCUGUCCUUGCAGCGAUACCAGAACCUGCUAGUGGCAUCGAGAAUAAGCCACAGGCUUUCAAGUAUGGACGGCAGGCAGAACAAACCGCCGACCUUUGGUUGCCAGCCGGACAAUCACCGAAAGGUGUAGUCGUGCUGCUGCACGGCGGUUUCUGGCUUGUGCAGUAUGGCAAAGAGUUGAUGACCGACCUUGCACGUGAUGUGGUCCAAAGAGGCUAUGCCGCGCUUAACCUGGAGUAUCGACGAGUGGGGAGUCCCACUUGGAAGGAUGCCAAUACCACCUUGAGUGAUGUCUCUGCGGGUCUCGCACUGCUGGACUCCGGGAAGCUCCCUUUAGAUGGGCUUCCGUUUGCCGUGGUGGGCCACUCUGCAGGCGGCCAUUUGGCAUUGUGGUCGCAGCUGCGGAGUGCUGAAGUUUCACCUGCUGCAGCUGUUGUGUCAGCUGGCGGUGUAUUGGACUUGUGCUACGCAGACAGCGAGGAGCUGGGAGGUGGAGCUGGUGCCGUGCCACGCUUCUUGAGCUACCGUGAAACGGCCAGUCUGAGGCGGGAGGUCUCCCCCAUUGACAUGCUACCGCCGUGCCGGGUGAAUUCUUUGCGAGGCAGCGAGGCCCAAAGAGGCGUUGCUCCACAAGCACGCGUAGGCCUGAUACAUGGAUCACUGGACGAGGUGGUGCCUCCAGAACAGUCUAUCCGCUUUCUGGUCUCCUCAACCUGUGCCGGGAUUCCGUGCGAGCUGCACCUCGUCAAGCAGGAGGGCCACUAUGAGGUCCUCAAUCCUAAAUCAAAGUCGUGGCAGUCUACGAUGGAUUUCGUCCGUGCCGCCUUCGCAGCCCCGAAGCGCCGCACGCUCCGCGGGGCCAUGGCUGCCACGGUGCGUGAGGAGCUUCGUGCGGACGUCCUCAUCAUGCCAGCAGCAUGGUCUCCCAGCUCCUGGAGGACUUUGCCAAAGCACCAGAUGGCCGAAUGGGACGACAAGGCUGUGGCGGACAAGGUCUUCAGCAAGCUUGGCAAACUGCCACCAUUGGUGCAGCCCAAAGAAUGUGACCGACUGAAGGCUCUGUUGGCUGAGGCAGGCCGAGGGGAGCGCUUUAUCGUCCAAGGAGGUGACUGCGCCGAGCGCUUCAUGGACUGCGAGGGCGAGCGCCUAGAGCAGCAGCUGAAACUUAUCCUGCAGAUGGGAAUGGUCGUGGAGCAUAUUAGCGCCAAGCCCACCUUGAAGAUCUGCCGCAUCGCAGGACAAUACGGGAAGCCCCGCUCGAAGCCCACCGAGGUGGUCGAGGGUCAUGGAGAGAUCAUGAGCUUCAAGGGCGACAACAUCAAUGGCUUCGACCCAAAGGAUCGCAAGUGGGAUCCGGAGCGCUUGCUUCUAGGAUACUGGCACUCUUCUGCCACGCUGAAUUACCUCAGGGGCUACGCUGCUUGUGGUGACCACCAGCCACUGCAGGCCGUUCAGGUGAGUGAGCUCAAGGCUUCCGAGCACUACAACAGCUACGUCGAAGAUGCGCGUGCGAUUGGCCUCAAGCCCAUUUCGGGGGAGACCACGGAGUUCUUCACAUCCCAUGAGGCCAUGCAGCUUGAUCUGGAGGAGUCUCUGACCCGACCGGUCGGCUCCAAGUUCUACAAUCUCAGCGCGCACUUGGUCUGGAUUGGUGACCGCACCAGGCAGCUUGACUGCGCGCAUAUUGAGUACUUCAGGGGAAUUGCAAACCCCAUCGGUGUGAAAGUCGGUCCCUCGAUGAAGAAUGACGAGCUGAAAGAGUUAGUCACCGUGCUGAAUCCAAACAAGGAAGAGGGCAGGCUCAUGCUUAUCACUCGCUAUGGCGCUGGAAAGGCUGAGGCCAUGCUGCCCGGCCACAUCCAAGCAGUCAAAGACAGUGGGGUGCCUGUCGUAUGGCAAUGUGAUGGAGUCCAUGGCAAUGGAAUCGUUGCCAGCAACAAAUACAAAACACGCAGCUGGGACGCUAUUGUGACAGAGAUCGCAGAGCGAUCGAGUUGCAACAAUUUCCCAACCAGCGCCAUGGCCGUGUCUUGUUUGCACUGA